CGAAAACACAACAACAACAGCAAUAGGAUCGAAGGCUCGUCAUCUCUCAGUCACACCGGAGCACUGUAGUUCAUCCUCUGUCGUCAUGUCGUUCUUUCAAAGCUUGCAUCUUAACAAUGGACAUACCAUCAAGUCGACCCGUGGGUUCAAGAAGUCCGCUCACAGCAGUGACGCGAAUGAUGUGGGCAGGCUCGGUGGUCGUCAGGUAGACCAGUACUCUGAGCAGACAUCCACUGGCUCGUGGGCCAACGUGGACCAUAACUACAAUGCGAUCUCUACGCAUGAGGACAUCAAGCACAUUGUUGAGUCCACUUUGGGAUCUGGUACCGCUCUUGCACAGGCAGUGAAGCUCCCAAGGGAUGAGAACUUGAACGAGUGGCUGGCAGUGCACGUUGUGGAUUUUUACAACCAGAUCAACAUGCUCUACGGCACGAUCACAGAGUUCUGUUCUCCUUCAACGUGUCCUCGUAUGAUUGCCACUACCGAAUACGAAUAUCUAUGGCAGGACUCCAAUCUCUCAAAGCCGAUAUCGGUCAGUGCACCAAGGUACGUUGACUGUCUAAUGACGUGGAUUCAAUCGUUGUUCGACGAUGAUAACAUAUUCCCUUCCAAGACAAACCAGCCUUUCCCUCCACAGUUCCAGGCACUUGUAAAGACGCUCAUGAAGAGAUUGUUCCGUAUCUACGCCCACAUCUACUGUCAUCAUUUCAACGAGAUCAUCGACCUUGGACUGAAUACCCUGUUGAACACCAGUUUCAAGCACUUCCUCUUAUUUGCAGAUGAGUUCAACCUCAUUGCUGAGAAGGACUAUGGCCCAUUACAGAUGCUUGUAAUAGAGAUGUUGAUGCCAGAUAGUGCUGAAGACAAACAUGCUCCAUGACUCUCUUCGAAUAUAUGACCUUUAUACAUGUUUUUCCACCAA